AUGACGUCUCGCGCGAAUCUCAUCGCCCGCGCCGUCAUCAACCAAUUCGAGAAGCUCCCGUCUAAGCGGAAGCCCUGCGUUCGAGAUAAUGGCCUCCACGAAUGGGUGCCCCUGAGCGGGAUCGUCGCUGAGAGAGAUGGAAUUUUAACUUGUUUGGCAUUGGCAACGGGCAUGAAAUGUCUCCCGGCAUCAAAACUUGCAGAGGCGAAAGGUGUGGCCAUUCACGACUGGCAUGCUGAAGUUUUGGCCAUUCGGACUCUUAAUCGUUUCCUACUGGAUGAGUGUCAGAGCAUCAUUGAUAGCAGCCCUGGUGACUCUGAAGCAAUCUUGCAAAGGAAUGACGAGAGAAUUGAAGGGUAUACGAGGCCCUUUCGAGUAAAGGAUGAUGUAAAACUUCACAUGUAUUGCUCCGAAGCUCCUUGCGGAGAUGCGAGCAUGGAGCUCAUCAUGGCAGCUCAAGAAGACGACUCUCCAUGGCAGCUCCCUUCUUCCACAUCGGCUGAUCCACAGCCUAUCACUCAGGAAGCCGAAGCAGCACUACCAGGGCGUGCUUAUUUCUCUGAGUUGGGCAUCGUGCGUCGCAAACCUGCCCGUGGAGACGCUCCGCCAACGCUGUCAAAAUCGUGCUCUGAUAAGAUUGCCCUGAAGCAAUGCACGUCGCUGCUCGCAUCUUUGACGUCGCUGCUAUUCAACCCGGCCAAUGCUUACAUCGACACGCUUGUUCUGCCAAAGUCCCAAUACUCUACCAUCGCAUGUGAGCGAGCCUUUUCACCUGCGGGUCGAAUGAGAUCCCUUGUCGGCAAGCAGUGGGGUGAGGAAUACGCUUUCAAACCAUUCAAGGUUGAGGCUACGACGGUGGAGUUUGAGUUCUCGAAAAGGGCCGUUGCGGCUCGCUCGAGCACCAUCUCGGCAAGCAACCUUGCAGCUACGUGGUCGGCUUCUGGGUUUGAAGAGACGAUUCUGGGCGGUGUCCUUCAGGGGAGGAAGCAGUUUGACAUUAGAGGCGCUAGCAAGACAUCCAGAAGGCAGAUGUGGAUUAAGGCAAAGGAACUGUCUGAUACGCUGUCUGCCACUGAUGCUGGAGAGCAUUCAGCACUUCAAGAGCACUUCUCGUCAGCCGGCAGUUAUCAAGACGUCAAAGAUGGGCCGCUAUUAGCUGAGCGAAGGCAUGUCAAAUCUCAAGUCCGGCAACUUUCUCUUAAAGGGUGGGUUCAAAAUCAAGGAGACUCGGGCUUUGGGAUAUAGGCUUCGGAGAUAUUCGGGUUUUUAGGUGCAGAGGGGACUGGCUUUGCUUUACUGCGGGUGUGCGGUUUUGGAUGGAAGCCUGACCUGGAUCUCUUGGGCAAACAGUUCUGCCGGCGGGUGUGCCAACGAGAGCAAUGCGGGGGG